AUUAUAUUAUAUUCUUUGCGCGUCUUUUUCUCGCUGUAAGGAAUGGGAUGGUGACAGAAAAGGGGUUUUUGGAAGCUUCUGUACGUUUCGAGAUCCAAAAAUACAUGACCAGUCCCCACCCUAAAGAACGAGAAUGUCUUAUACACCUCGAAGACGGACCUGUGGAUCUCUCUGGCAAAGUCUAGAUUGUGCCUUUGGCAGAAGAUCCGCUGGUAUUUUUGUUAAGACGAAUAUAUAAAGGGAACCGAGGACUCGCUAGGCGAUUGAUCGAAGCCAGCGGACGCGCUCGGUAUUAACUUAACAAUCGAUUGACAACGAAGAAAACGAUCAAUUAACAACGAAGAAAGCAUUCGGAAGCUCGUCGGUUCACCGCCAAUAUGACGGAUCUAAGUUCACAAAGUGCAGCAGAAGUGGAGGGUCGGUCCACCGAGACAUAUAAGGUCGUUCAAAGUGACAAAGUCGGAAGGUAUCUCGUAGCGAACAAGGAUUUAGAGCCUGGUGAAGAGAUUUUGACUGAAGUGCCUUUUGUCGUGGGACCAAAAGCGUUUUCUUAUCCACUGUGUCUUUCCUGUUACACCCCAUGGCCACCGUCGCCGGAUAAUCGACCUCUUUGCACGAAAUGCAGCUGGCCAGUUUGUGGUCCUGAAUGCGAAAAUGCACCUCAACAUAAAGAUUUCGAGUGCAAGGUUUUUGUAGAAGCUGCCGAGAAGUUCAACGUGGAGGCGGCUCUUCGGGAAGAUCUAGAAAACGGCGUCCCACAAUUGGAGUGCGUUACGCCUCUCAGAUUAUUAUUAACAUCCGAAAGUGACAAGGAUAGAUGGCUCAAGGAAGUUAAAAGUAUGGAGGCGCACAAUCAGCAGCGGUCUGGAAAAACUCAGUGGAAAACCGACCACGUCAACAUUGUGGAGUACUUGAGAAAACGACUAAAACUUGAUAGAUUCUCGGAGGAGGAAAUUCAGACAGCUUGUGGAAUACUGGAAAUUAACUCCCACGAAAUUAGGGUUCCUGAUGGAUACAGUGCGAGGGCUCUUUAUCCCUUGGUUGCCUUGAUGAACCAUUCGUGUGUCACAAACACGAUACACAGUAUUUCUCCAAGUAAUUACAAAGUGCAAUUAAGGACGACCGUGAAGGUUCCCAAAGGUAGCCAGCUGUAUGGAAGUUACACCCACGCCCUUCUUCCAACGCUAUUGCGGAGGGAAAACCUUCUGGAGGGGAAACACUUUUCUUGUGCCUGCUCGAGAUGUUCCGAUCCCACGGAGCUGGGAACCCAUCUAUCAUCGUUAAAAUGCAACAAGUGCGACAACGGACUCGUCUUGCCUCUGGACUCGUUAGACGCCGAGAGUCCGUGGAAAUGCACGCAUUGCGAGUUCUCGACUAACGGACAGGCUGUUCGCAAAGUGUUCCAGAUUAUUCAAGCCGAGGUCGAGGCCGUCGAAGGGAUUUCUGGAGACGAGGGUGCCGAAGCCGUCCAACAACGGGAGAACGUGAUUAAAAAGUACCAUUCGGUCUUGCACCCCCGACAUGCUUUCCUUACCAUGUUAAAGCUUUCCUUGACUCAGAUGUAUGGACGUGUCGACGAGUACGCUCUGGAUGAUUUACCAAUUGUUGUGCUGGAACACAAAGUUGAGAUGUGUCGACAAGUGCUUCAAGUUCUGGACGUUAUCGAACCAGGCUACUCUCGUGAAAGAGGUAUUACGCUUUACGAGUUGCAUGCCCCACUUAUCUUCAUUGCCAAGGAUCUCUGGAGUGCCGGAUCGAUCGACGAUGUCACCUUGAAGUCGAAAAUGACCGAAGCUGCGAGAGUUUUAAAAGAAGCAGCUCAAAUUCUGAGUCUGGAGCCUCCAGAUACGCCAGAGGGUCAACUUGGAAUAGCUGCCACUCAAGCUUUGACACAACUUCAAGAAUCCAUCGAAACUCUUCCCUCAGCUGGCGAUAGAAAUACUCAAAUAAUGAUCAGCGAAGACCCGAAGGAUAUCGCAGCGAUCUCGCCGAAGUACGAAAUCGCUCAUUCCGACAAACUUGGAAGAUACUUCAUAGCGGCAAGAAAUCUCGCCGCAGGAGAAGUUAUUUUAAGGGAAGAACCAGCAGCGGUUGGACCUGCGGUUUUUAAUAAAAAUUUAAUCUGCUUCGGUUGCCUACGAUCCCUGCAGCACAUUAAAGUUCCUUACACGUGUUCGAAGUGCAAUGUCGCAUCAUUAUGCGGUCCUAAUUGCGAGUCACGCACGGGUCAUCACACUCUGGAGGAAUGCGAGGCCUUAAGGAGCAAUAAAAACCUUUCCUCGAAUGAUGUUUCCGCUAUUCUGCAGGUUUUGCUACCUCUUAGAAUUGUGUUCCUCAGCAGAAGAAAUACACCGUCUUGGGGGAGAAUUAAUUCCAUGGAAGCUCACCUCGAGGAAAGAAGAGGAACUGCGGUUUGGGAAGACCGAGAAAUUAACAUUAUCUCCAUUCUUCGAAAACUUCAACUGAUCUCACCCGACGAGGACGAUUCAGAAUUCUUGCAGAGGAUUUGUGGAAUCUUGGACGUCAACACUUUCGAAGUUCGACCUCCUGGAAGUUCGGAUGAAUCUUUGUUACGUGGAUUAUAUGCAAAUGCAGCGUUGAUAGCGCAUUCGUGUUUAGGGAAUACUCAUCUUACAGUUGACGAUUCGUUUUACCUCACAGUCUAUGCCAGCACAUCAAUCUCCAAGGGAGAAAUUAUUUUCUUCAAUUACACCUCGUCCCUGUUGGGAACCAUCGAGAGGAGAGAACACUUGAAAGAAGGAAAAUACUUUGAAUGCAAAUGUUUGAUGUGCGAAGACCCUUGUCAACUCGGAUCUCAUAUGAGUUCCCUGAUAUGUCCAAGAUGCAAAGUCGGUUUUGUGACAAUGAAAUUACCAAUGGCUACUGUGCCAUGUGGUAAAAAAAAUGAAUGGCAGUGCCAGAGCUGCAAAAGAUUAUUUAGCGAUCGCCUAAUUAGAUCUGCUUUAGACUUAGCUCGUCCUCUUGUCGCCGACACUGAAGACUGUAAUUUUAAGGAAUUAGAAGUCAGAUUAGCCGACUUGUCCAGGACAUUUCAUGGGAACCAUUAUCUCAUGCUAAUGUUGAAGCAAAAGUUGCAGGUUCUUUAUCUUCAACAAAUUGUGUCUUUGAAUCAAGAAAGAGAAAUCCUAGAGAGGACGUCACGCUUGUGCCAGGAUUUGCUUGAUGUCUUGAACAUCGUCGAGCCUGGAAUAUCACGACUAAAGGGAAUUACUCUGUACGAGAUACACAUACCUCAAGCGAUUUUAGCAGAUCUUGAUUACGCCGAUCAAGUGAUCUCUUUGGAGGAAUUAAUCGAUCGUCUUGAAGAAGCCAAAUUAACACUUAAAAAAGCGCUGAGUAUGUUGCUCUUGGAGCCGAGCACAACUCCGGAAGGUCAACUUGCAAAGCAGGCUUUAGGAGAAUUAAAGACCCUGUCGCAGAAAAUAGACGAUAUUAAAUCCUUACCGCCUGAGAAAAAUAAGUGACAUUUCUCUAAAUCAAAAGAACGUGGUUCAAUGUUGUGUUUUAAAAUUCGAAUUAUAUUCGAACUUUCAAAUUCUCCCGCCAAUGAGGGCCGUCAGUCCUCGUGCUGAUUUCGAUUUCCAUUUUUGAAAUACAGUGCAUUGUUAC